AUGUCCUCAAACCAAACCACCAACUUGCUCACCAAACUCUGCUUUUCUACAACCAUUCUAGUAAUCAUAUUUAGGACCAGGAAGAAGUUGACUGCCAUUUGUGGCCGGACUGGCCAUAGAUGGCAGGAGCAUCUGAAGGGGAUCAUCAAAGGAUGGCACCAAUGGGCCCAGCAAGCACUAGAUCUUGAAGCAGGCUCCUCUUCAAGGCCUGUGCUCGAAGAUAGUGAAUCCAACUCAGAGUAUGAAGACGUGGAGGAUGACAGAGAGGAAGAGGAAGAGGAAAGGGUGGGAAUCAGACUUGGUGUCAUGCACAUGCACCAGGUUGAUCCUAGAGUUGCCAGCAAUGCUGGAGCAACAAUCAUUGGGGGGACUGUCAUGACACCUGUUGUCUCCAAUGAAAGCUCCAGACCUGAUGCAUACCAUGCUGGCACAAGUGUCACCAACAACUUGGUUGCUGGUCUCCAGGCCACCAUCACCCUUGCAACAGAGAGGACCAUUGUGAAUGAGACGUCCAUCAACGGGGAAAUGGCAGCUGUAUGCGCAUCUCAGACUGCUCAUCUGACAGAUGAGACUGAGAUGAAUGAAGAAGAGCAUGCCAAUGCUGGAGGUGGGGCAUUCUUGAGCAUUGGUGACACUCUGGGGAUCUGGUUCAUGCAGGAUACCAGCAUAUUCCUUUGGUUCUUCACUGGAGCAUUUGAUCAGACAAAGAAAAUGUUGAAGAAGAGGGUGUUUUUCCAUGUGUGCAGAGGGUUGGUAGCAAUUGUGCUCUUCUCUCUCAUUUGCUGGGCAAUGUACUCUGGGGGGAAAUACUUCUUUGAGCAUUUCAAUAUCCAGAUAGGGGGUGGACAGCUUUCUAUCAGCUGGGUGGGAAACCCUGGGGUGAACUCCACAACAACAACAGGAAAUGUUACACCUGCUGUCAAUGGAACUAUGACUGCAUAG